AUGGGGGGCACCGAGCCACUGAGGCCUCGCAAGGGCUCGCACCCACGAACACGACGGGCACACGUCCCACAAGCCCUCGCGUUGAAGCACGAAGCCGAGUUUGGCUAUUCAGGAUAUUCGGCUCGCCGCCGCUCGUCGUUGGCUGGGGCCCCGACUGCGCCGCCGGUGGUAUACUCGUUUCUGCCGUCUGCAUCGCCUGGAGCGGGCUGGACGAUCUCGCCUGCGUCGAGUGUGUCUCCCACUACCCCGGCCCCCAUCUCGCUCUUUGCCAGCACAGCCGCCGUGUCUCCCGCUGUGUACGCCCGCCGCCCCUCGGCCCCCCGUGUCCGCCGUGCUGACGGCGAUGCCACCCGUCCUUCACUCGAGUACAAUCGCCUACACUUUCCCCUCCCGCCAUCCUCGUCUCCUCUCCUGCGCCCACGCAUGUCGCUCUCCCGGCCUGCCCCCGUCUCGAUCCACCCACUCAGCCCGACCCCGGCCCCGGUCCGCCCCCGACCCAGACAGAGCCACCCCCCACUCCCGGUGCGCUCCUCGACGCUCGAGGAUACCCAGAUGUACGAUGAACUCAAGACAUUUGUCUUUGGUGCUGCUUCCGUCAGCCAUGAUCUCGACAUGGACGACGGCGCCUCCGACGCCGCGAGUGCAUACAACCCACUAUCCCCCGCCCUGCGCCCCGACGGAGCCUUUGCUGCCCGUCGGCCAUCCAAGAGCGCGCCCCGCCGUCCGAGCAGGGCCAAUCUGCGUGAUGGAGCCGUGGCAGCAUCGGGAAAGCGACGAAAUAGCCGCGCAUGGAUACCAUCCGAUUCCACCGUCGCCAGGCCCGAAAUUGCGGUAACAUCCAUCCCGCGUGACCAGGACCUAGACGCCGACGAUGAGGACCAUGAUGGGCUAAUUCGUAUGAUGGAGCGAGCAAAGAUGCGUGCCAUUGACGAUGGAGCACGACGUCCUUCGUUGCCGAUCAAUAUCCCUGAUUCGGUCCCGCGAAGAGGAAGCCGCGACACGACGAGUGCCAACAAACCGCUACCCGAUACUCCUUCGCGCCGGCCUUCGGGAGCGCUCGCGACUGCUGGAUUUGACCUCGACUAUAUCCUUGCUGGCCCGGCCUCGUUCCCUCAAGCGAAUCCCUCGGGCCAGGGUAUCGCCCAGACCACAGCCGGUCUGCCCAUGUCCUGGGACUCGUACCAGCAGCAACAGCAACAACAAAGUCGCCGCAACUCGGCCAUUGCUCCUUUUGCCUCUGGACACGAAAUGCAGACUCUCGACGUCGAGGACACGUUUUUGAGCAUGGUCCGACAGCUGGAUACCGAAUACGCGCGACGACGCAACAAGUGGAGCUUUAGGCAGGAGCCCCGUCGCGCAUACGAUUACGAUCUAGACCCCGACGAGGAGGUAUGGGCGUGCGAGCCUGUGGGCACCUGCUGGGUUGGCAAGGACCGAGAGGCCAUGCACACCGAGGCCGGUCCGAAGCCUGUGAUCAUCAAGCCCCUGCAACCUCAAGUCUCUCCCAAGUCUCAGACUACUCCUCAAGAACGCCGGGCAGACAUUCGUGUUUGCCGGGACGAGAAGCGCCCAAUGUGGAAGCUGAGCGUCUUGCCGGCUGGAAGCCAAUCGACUAUUCCCGUCAAGAUCAUGCUCGCAACCAAGGCCAUGCACCUCAAGGUGGCAUCAGCUCCUUUGCGAAGCGAAGGUCGCCGAAGAGGUCACACCGUGCACGCAGACUCGUUCGAGAUGAACUCUUCGUCCGGCGAGCUCGGCCCCAUCGACGAACUCACUCAUCCCAAGACCUCGCAUGCAGUCGCGUUCGAUACGCUCACCGAUGCCGAGCUGGACCACGCUGGCCGACGACACAUUACGUUUUCGGAACGCAUCCGCCGGGCAUUUGGGAGCGAGAGCCCUCCGCCUACGCACGCACAACCCACUUUCUCUCCACCGUGGUUGAUGAUGGCGCCCCAGAGCGCCAAAGAAGAACAAAUACGCCAGAUUCGUGAACUGCAUUCAGCAUUCAGAGCAGUAGGGUUGCUUACGCCCCCCAAACCGGGAGGAAAAGACCCCAACCAACCGCAUGCGAUCAAGGCUGUUCGGACACCUGACGAGAAGCCUGCUCAUCACGAAACCCCUGCAAGCAUCAUAGAAGAUAUUCCAGCAGAUGCGUUGUGUAUGACUAUCCCGCUUUGGCAAUUCCGUGGCUCCUCGACCAAGGACAAGGAUGAAGAACUCGGGCUCACGAGCGUGGGCGUGCCCGUGAGCGAACGAGAGUACCUUUUGGUCUACUUUGUUCCUCUCGGAGCGGCCGAUGCCCCUACACCAGCUCCUGCAUCCAGGUUAUCCAAGAAGCGAUCAAGGGGGAACCUGGACCGCCGGUCGAGCAAUAGCAUUUCAGCGGCUGCAAGCUGGGCCAAAGGCCGACGCACCGCAUUCCACGUCGUCGCCCGGGUGCUACCGCUUCCGAACUCGUCGCGACCGGACUGCGCCACCCAAGCACGCUCCCGCCGUCCAGCCUCGCCUCGUCCUCUUCUCGCAGCGCGGCCGAUCGCAAACGAAGGGCGUUUCCGAGGCCUGGACCGAUUGGGCCUCUGCACGCCUUCGUACGAGUGGCAGAGCGAGGCGGAGCGGUUCCCUGGUCUUACUCCCGUUGGGGUCGAGGUGGUCGAAAUGGUUUGGGCAGGAUGUGUCGCCGUACUUGGAAUUGGCGCAUGA